AUGUCUACUCACCGUGCCAUUGCAACAGUAGCGAAAGGGUCCGUAGACGAGAUCCUACUUCCAACCGGAGCACCAGGCGCUGGCGAGGUCCUGCUCAAACACUCGUACGCCGCAAUGAUUGCGUACGAUACGUACCAAGCGGACCUUGGAUAUGGAGUCGACAGUUACCCUCUUGUCUUGGGGAUCACCGCGUCCGGAGUUGUGGUGGAUGUUGGGCCUGGAGUAACAGGCAUCACAGCAGGCGAUCGAGUCGUAGGGGCGACGUUCCACACCCCCUUGGCAAGAGGGCUACAAGAAUAUAGCAUCCAACCCCGGAAUUUAAUUGCCAAGAUACCUCAUGAGCUACCCUUCGAUCAAGCAGCCACUAUCCCCGACAACUUCGUCACCGCCUUCUACACAAUUUUCAACCAGCUUGGAUUCCCCAUCCCGGACUUCCCAGCUAAGUUAGAUCCCCCACCUCAGGCAUCUGCCCCAAUCUUGGUCUAUGGUGCUGGUGCCACUUCCGGGCAAUACGCAAUUCAACUUCUUUACGCCGCGGGCUACACGAAUAUAAUCGCAACAGCAUCCACCAAGCAUCACGAUUAUCUGCGAUCACUCGGGGCCAGCAGUGUCUUUGAUUACCGAAGUCCGACAUUGGUUGAAGACAUCGGCAAGGCGGCUGGUGGAGAUGGGAAGGUCCAAUAUGCCAUCGACUCGAUUACCUCACAGGGUACCAUUGCUACAAUAGCCAAGGUCAUUAGUCCGUCUGGCACGCUAGCGCUGCUACUCCCUAUCAAAGAAGGAUCAUCAGUGCGAGGUGCUCCUGGAGCUCAGAUGCUUUGGGAACUGCCGGAUGCAUGGAACGUGCUUCCGAAGGGCACUAAAUAUGUCGGGGUGAGGACGUUCCUGUACGAGCAGGACGAGUUCCUGAAAGAAAACCUCAUGCCCAAAAUAUUACCCAGGCUCCUUGACUUGCACCUCGUGAAGCCAAGCAAAGUGCUGUUGUUGGACCAAGGCUCUUUUAAAGAAAGGGUAGCAGAGGGUCUGGAUCUCUUGAGAAACAACCGCGUCAGCGGCGAGAAAGUAGUAGUAAAAAUCGAUCCAUAA